GCGGGUAGCAGUGUAAAUAAACAAGGCUCCGAUUUGAUAACACAGAUCGCUAACCCUAAAUUAACAAAAUGUCAGAACAGCCGUUGAAUGACGAAAUCAAAACCCUUAUCCUGAACGAUGAGUUGGACGAAGAAACCAUCCCUACACCUUUGGUGAUAAACAAAGACUGUGAGACAGUCGUCUGUUGGGACGUGGAUGAUUACCCGGUUCCUAACGAUGUCGAUCUCGAUUCGCUUCGUAGCGAUAUAGAAUCAAAUCUUCGGAAACUGGGCUGUGGGGAAGUGACUAUUGUGGCUUACGUUUACAAGAAUACGUUUUCGGAUGAGCUGGAACGUAAAUUUAUUGAUGCCCAAAUCUAUGUCGAUUUCUUCCCCGAGGGGGAUGACGAAGCGAGAAUCACUUGGAUGUUAGUGGACAUUGUUUGUUUCCCAGUGUUAACUCCUGAAUCAAAUGUUGUUGUACUCUCAAAACACCUUAAUGAAGAGGCUGUCGAUGCUUUGGAAUUCUUUUAUGGUCAAGGCACUGGUGUUCUCUUACCCAAGACCGAACCUGGUUGGCUUGUUCCUGAUGAAAAUUCAGCCUUGUUUUUGACAAACCUAUUUGAACAACGUAUUGACGAUAAGAAGCCGCAGAGAGAUGGUAAUGGUACCCUUGCAAUCUCUGUCAAUGACUCUGUCAGCGACAACCUCUGUGCGCGCCUCCAAAGGGAGGCCAAUGUAUCUUCUUGAGGCUUUGUUCCGUCUUUGAACAGCUGUUACAUUUGGGUUUGUUGACAUGAAAGUUUUGAACAUAUAUAUUACUCCUUUGUUUUUCUUCUUAUCUAAACCCUGUGCCAAAGGGACUUCAAUGCAUAUUCUUGAAGUUUUAUGUCAACUGUUUCGACUCUAUUUCUGUCUAUGAAAAGCUGU